AACAUCCCCAGAAAAAUGACCUCGCAGGAGUUCGUGACCAAUCUCAUGGAGCUUAAUCACGGUGCUAACGGGUACUGUCGUGAGGAACUCCGACGUCUCUACACCGCCAUUAAGCAGGAUCCACUCAGGUGGCCGCAGUAA